AUUUUAGGAGUCCUCCCAACUCAGCUGGUGAGUGUAGGGGAGAAAAUCAUCAGGAGUGGGUCGGUGGGGGUGACCCUUGCGAAUUGGAUCUCGGGGGCUGUAUCUACUUAGUGUGGGUGUGGGCCCGGCCCGGCGCUUCCCCUUUUCCUUUUGUGCAGACGCUGAAGUUAGUAGACAUGGCAGCCGGCGGAACUGUUUGCAAAGCCUAGUGAAAAAUCAAAGCCAGCGUGUGGAGAGCGCCAGCCACCCCCCACGGCGUGAGGAAAUGGCUCUCACGUGAGGGAGGCGGCAGCUCGAGGACUCCCACCCCUCUCCCUGUCGGGGGAGGGAACACCAGACGCCGCCGCCAACGCCCCGUCGCUCCCGAGCUCUGAGCGCGGAGUCCCGGCGCUGCCCAGCCGGAAGACAAUGCCCACCAGUUUCACAGUAGUGCCAGUGGAGGGGCAGGAGCCGCAGCCCAGCCGGCCACUGGAGGAGACGAGUCAGCAGCUGGCGGAGUGCAGUUCCGGGGAGCCGGGAGAUGGGAUUCCGAAGGAAAAUAGUCCAUUUAUUAACAGUGCCGAGAUGGACCAAGGAAAUAGCUAUGAAGGGAAAAAUAUGGCUCUCUUUGAGGAAGAAAUGGAUAGCAACCCCAUGGUAUCAUCUCUUCUUAAUAAGAUAGCAAAUUAUACCAAUCUGACUCAGGGAGUGGUAGAACAUGAAGCAGAUGAAGACAGCAAACGAAAAGAAAUCAAGGCUCCACGUAUGGGCACUUUUAUUGGUGUGUACCUUCCCUGCUUGCAAAAUAUUUUGGGAGUCAUUCUUUUCCUACGUUUGACGUGGAUUGUUGGAACAUCUGGAGUUCUUGAAUCUUUCAUCAUUGUGUUCAUGUGCUGUGCUUGUACUAUGCUGACUGCAAUUUCAAUGAGCGCAAUAGCAACAAAUGGCGUAGUUCCAGUUUCUUUCAGGUAUCCUUUGGGGGUGGAGAGGCUAUCUCUUGAUCCAGCUGAAGACAAAAUGGAAGGAUCUCCCAGGGGUUUAAAUAGACUUUCUCUUGUGGGUGGACACCCCUUCCUCCCCCUGUGUAGAAUCCCAACUACAAGAUGGAGUUUUGGAGUCACAUGGGCAAGUCACAUGCCCAUGAAUGACUUAGAACUUACAGCAGGUGGCUCUUACUACAUGAUUUCAAGAUCUUUAGGGCCAGAGUUUGGCGGAGCAGUGGGACUCUGUUUUUACUUGGGUACAACUUUUGCAGGAGCGAUGUAUAUUCUUGGUACCAUUGAAAUUUUGUUGACAUACAUUUCUCCCAGUGCUGCUAUAUUUAAAGCAGAAGAUGCUGAUGGAGAAACAGAAGCUAUGUUAAACAACAUGAGAGUUUACGGGACAUGUAUUAUCGCUCUGAUGGCCAUAGUAGUCUUUGUAGGAGUUAAAUAUGUCAACAAACUUGCACUGGUCUUCCUGUCUUGUGUGAUUCUUUCCAUCUUUGCCAUUUAUGCUGGUGUUAUUAAAACUGCUUUUGACCCACCAGACUUUCCUAUUUGUCUUCUUGGAAACCGUACAUUGUCAAGACACAACGUUGAUAUUUGUGCCAAAUCUAUUGAGGUAAACAAUGAAACAGUGACAACGAAGCUGUGGAGUCUCUUCUGUGAUAGUCCCUCACUUAAUGCCACAUGUGAUGAAUACUUUAACCUAAAUAACGUGACAGAAAUUCAAGGGAUUCCUGGAAUUGCUAGUGGAGUUCUAAUUGAUAACCUGUGGAGUGCCUAUACAGACAAAGGAUCAAUUGUUGAAAAAAAGGGUCAGCCAUCAGUUACUGGAACAGAAGAGACAAAAGUUGGAGGACUCCCAUAUGUUUUUACAGACAUUAUGACCUACUUCACAAUGCUAGUAGGGAUUUAUUUCCCAUCUGUGACAGGUAUUAUGGCAGGAUCAAACAGAUCUGGAGACCUUAGGGAUGCUCAGAAAUCUAUUCCUACUGGAACAAUUUUGGCUAUUUCAACUACAUCCUUUAUCUAUCUAUCCUGCAUUGUAUUGUUUGGUGCAUGUAUAGAAGGUGUGAUAUUAAGAGAUAAGUUUGGAGAAGCAGUUAAUGGAAACCUAGUGAUUGGUACGUUGGCGUGGCCUUCUCCAUGGGUAAUUGUAAUUGGUUCAUUCUUCUCUACAUGUGGUGCUGGUCUACAGAGUCUUACUGGUGCACCCCGGCUGUUGCAGGCUAUUGCAAGAGAUGGCAUAAUACCAUUUCUUCAAGUAUUUGGUCAUGGAAAAGCAAAUGGUGAACCAACCUGGGCAUUACUUCUCACUGCUUGUAUUUGUGAGAUAGGAAUUCUCAUAGCUUCCCUGGAUAGCGUAGCACCAAUUCUUUCAAUGUUUUUUCUAAUGUGCUAUAUGUUUGUGAACUUGGCCUGUGCAGUGCAAACUCUUUUAUGCACUCCAAACUGGAGACCUCGUUUCAAGUACUACCAUUGGGCUCUUUCAUUCCUGGGGAUGAGUUUAUGUUUUGCCUUGAUGUUCAUUUGCUCUUGGUACUAUGCUUUGAUUGCCAUGCUAAUUGCAGGAUGUAUUUACAAGUACAUAGAAUAUAGAGGAGCUGAAAAAGAGUGGGGUGAUGGAAUCAGGGGGUUAUCCUUGAAUGCAGCUCGCUAUGCUUUACUUCGGGUUGAACAUGGUCCUCCUCACACGAAAAACUGGAGACCUCAAGUCUUGGUUUUGUUGAAUUUGGACUCGGAACAGGUGGUUAAACACCCUAGAUUGCUUUCUUUCACCUCUCAGUUGAAGGCUGGUAAAGGAUUGACUAUUGUGGGCUCUGUACUACAGGGAAUCUACUUGGACAAAUACAUAGAAGCUCAAAAAGCUGAAGAGAAUAUUAAAUCCUUAAUGGGGGUAGAAAAGACCAAAGGAUUUUGCCAGAUCGUGGUAUCUCCCAGUUUUAGAGAUGGAAUGUCCCAUUUGAUUCAGUCUGCUGGUCUGGGAGGGAUGACACAUAAUACAGUCCUGAUGGCCUGGCCACAGUCAUGGAAACAGACCGAUAAUCCUUUCUCAUGGAAAAAUUUUGUUGAUACAGUCCGAGAAACAACAGCAGCACAACAAGCUCUACUGGUCGCUAAAAACAUUGAUUUGUUUCCAACAAAUCAAGAGCGCUUUUCUGAAGGGAAUGUAGAUGUGUGGUGGAUUGUUCAUGAUGGUGGCAUGCUGAUGUUGCUUCCUUUCCUGCUUCGACAGCACAAGGUGUGGAGAAAAUGCAAAAUGCGUAUCUUCACUGUUGCCCAAAUGGAUGACAACAGCAUUCAAAUGAAAAAGGACCUUCAGAUAUUUUUGUAUCAUCUUCGACUUAAUGCUGAGGUGGAGGUUGUUGAAAUGUUUGAAAAUGAUAUUUCAGCAUUCACAUAUGAGAAGACUCUUAUGAUGGAGCAGAGAUCUCAGAUGUUAAAACAGAUGCAGCUGUCUAAGAAUGAAAGGGAAAGAGAGGCUCAGUUAAUACAUGACAGAAACACUGCGUCCCAUUCAGCAGCGGUUGUUAAGUGUGAUACUGCUGCUGCUACACCUGAAAAAGUGCAAAUGACCUGGACUAAAGAAAAGUUUAUAGCUGAAAAGCACAAAAAUAGAGAAACAAAUAUAACAGGUUUUAAAGAUAUCUUCAACAUGAAGCCGAAUCAGUCAAAUGUGAGAAGAAUGCACACUGCUGUGAAGCUCAAUGGAGUAAUAUUAAAUAAGUCACAACAUGCUCAGCUAGUUUUAUUGAAUAUGCCCGGACCUCCUAAAAACAAAAAAGGGGAUGAAAACUACAUGGAGUUUUUGGAAGUUUUGACAGAAGGUCUGAACAGAGUUCUCUUAGUGCGAGGUGGUGGACGUGAAGUGAUCACCAUUUACUCCUAAUGCUGUUACAGAAUAUGAACAGAUUAACUGCGGUAAUUUGAACAGUUGAAAUGAAAUUACCUGUGUACUUGAAAUGAUGCACCAGCUGAAUCUUCUGAUCAUGUGUUCUGCUUUCUUUCAAAGGAAUCUAUCUGAAAUUAUUUACUACAUAGAUUUAUCUUUAUAGAAGAAAUUUAUAUAUUGUAGUAUUAAAUAAAUGCUAAAUAUCAGGAGGGUAUUUUUUUAAGCAAUCUUGGUGUGAGACCCAAGAAGGGAAAGGUAAUUUUUAUGGCCGAUGUAGCAACUAAUGUUUUAAAUGUGCAUAAUCAGAGAAAAAACAGAAUCUGCAUUUUUAGUAACAUUAAUUGUAUUAUUUUGCUUCUACAAAAGGAUAAUUAAAUUAUGUUAAAACCUUCCAAGUUUAUCAACAAAAUAUGAAAUAUUUCAAACAAGAAACCCUGGUCUUAUUAUUUUGUCCUCUUGACAAAUGCUGCUGUGGUGCAUCUGUGACUGUUGUGAUCACAGUUUCAUCUUAGGUCUCCUGGUUCAUAUUGAUUCAGAAAUAUGUACAAACAUUUGACAUAUUUAAUUAUUUGACAUAAAAGGAAUUACCUGUUUUCAAAAUUGGUUAAAUAAAAAUUCACAAUUCAGCCAUUACUAACUACUAUAAUUCUUUGCAUGGUGACAAGUAUCAGGGGGUAGCUGUGUUACUCUGUAUCCACAAAAACAACAAGGAGUCCAGUAGAAAGAAAAGGAGUACUUGUGGUACCUUAGAGACUAACACAUUUAUUUGAGCAUAUGCUUUCGUGAGCUACAGCUCACUUCAUUGGAUGCAUUCAGUGGAGUCCAGUGACACCUUAAAGGCUAACAUAUGAAGACAACAUACGAAGACACACAUAUGGUCUGAAGAACUUCUGCCUUGCAAUCUGAAAUCAGUUUAAGCCCUAACCCAUUUUCCUCUGCAUUCUUUACACCCCACACUCAUUUUGUGGUGGAGCUGAAUGUAUAGCUUUAAGCUGAUGCUAAAUAAUUUGUUUGGGAGUGGAAUGUGGGGGUGGUUUUUUGAAAUAAAAUUGCUAGUGUGAAAUGUUAGACUUGAGCCGGGGGCCCUCAUCUGUGUAUGGCAGUGUGACGUUAGAGCUGGCCUCACACCAAAAUUAUCGAUGCUUUGUCUGCUUAGGUGGAAAAUUUGAAAUUAUUAUUAUUAAAGACAAAAGCCAGUAGAACACUUCAAUCUUCCUGGACAUUCUAUAACAGAUUUGAAAGUAGCUAUACUUGAACAAAAAAACUUCAGAAACAGACUUCAAAGAGAAACAGCAGAACUAAAAUUCAUUUGCAAAUUUAACACCAUUAAUUUGGGCUUGAAUAGGGACUGGGAGUGGCUGGCUCAUUACAAAAGCAGUUUUGAGUCUCCUGGAAUUGACACCUCCUCAUCUGUUAUUGGGAGUGGAUUACAUCCACCCUGGUCCUCCACGUGUGAGGUAACUCCCUUCUCUUCAUGUAUCAGUAUAUUUAUGUCUGCAUCUGUAAUUUUCACUCCAUGCAUCUGAAGAAGUGGGGUUUUUACCCACAAAAGCUUAUGUUCAAAUAAAUCUGUAAGUCUUUAAGGUGCCACCAGACUCCUUGUUACUAUAAUUCUUUUAAAUUACCUUUUUUGUAUGUUCAUCUAAACUUAACUUUGCUGACUUUACUAAGUUAUAAAAAAAAUGUAUGACCCCCUUUGCACCGCUGCUAUGUAAGGAUAAUCUCCAAAUGGAGGUGAAGGUAUUCUACCUACUCUUUCACACACAGUUCUUUAAUGCUUGUAGCACACUGCAUUCCAGUGAUCCCAGGGUUAGUGAAUGGCUCCUUGGGGGCUAUUGCAUUUUGGAGCAGUCUGAGAGCUGAAACCAGGACUUGAGAAUUUUAGCUAUCUCCUGUUUAGAUGAUGGAUAUAGCAAGUGAUGGGGAAGAGAAUAGGGACAGUAGGGCAUUUAUAUAUCAUAUGUCUGUGAUUCUGCCUUGUGAUGGGUGAUGAUUUUCGACAUACGGCAUGCAAUAGUCAAAUUCAAAUGAUAAAACUUAAGUGUAGGAAAUAAGGAGGCUCACUUUGACCAGUUAAGUGUAGUCUUCUGCUUUAAAUUAAAUGCAGGGACAGUCACCCUAUUUCUUUUCAUUAUUUUUAUUUCUUGAAAGAAAAUCUGAUUUUCUGAAAACUGACCUUUUUUAUAAAAUACAUAAAUGAAGAAUUUCUUUGCCAACUGAAUUGGGAGUAAACUAUUACAUUUGUAAAUAUUUGUUUUAUAUAGUAUUUUUCAGCUUUUUAUUGUUAAUACACCUCUGUGCAUUAUGACUGGCCAUAAAAUUAAGUUUAUAAAUUACAUCUUAAAACUAUUUGUCACUGCCCAGUGUUUCUUGAUACUGAAAAUAUCUGGCCACAAAUACUGCAAUAGCACCUAGGGACUAUACUAGUUUAAGGGAUGUGGCAUAAUUACACUAAAGACAAAGUGCAAUGUGUAAAAUAAAAUAUGUUUGUUAUUUUGUGCAGGGAACAUAAUUUCAUGUUUUAAAUGAUAGAUCUGCCAAUAUAUUUUCAGUAAGCAUUUCAGCUAAAUCAUUUUUUCCACAAAUUUCAUUGAUGAAGUAUAUAUUCAGUCAUAGAUAAAAAUGGCUUAUAAAAUGUAUUCUACUUAUCAACUCAUUUUACAUUUUGUUUUGUUUGUACAAUACUAUUUACUGUUUAUAGUCUCUAUAAAGAAAUAUUUUUACACACACUUAUAGCAACCUUAGAAGUAAAUGCUGUACAUUCCAGGCCCUGUUUUGAAAGAUAUCUUCAAUAGAUUUGCUGCAGUAUGUCUAAACUUGCACAUUUUUUGUUUUAUGCUUUCUUUUCAGUUCUCUGGUUUAGAAUAUUAGAGUAUGUGGUCAAGUAGUUAUGUAUACCAAAGCUCAUUCAAUAUUAUAACUGAAACACACAUCCUAGACUCCUAGAUAGAUGUCUGGGACUAACUCAGUGAAUAAAAAAUGUGCAGUGCAGGUGCAAAAUGUGUGUCCCUCCAACAGAUCCACUGCCAGGACCCUUCAAUUCCACCAGCUCCCCCCCUUUUCAUCCAGGUCCCUCCAGCAAUUCCCUUGCCAAGACCUUACCAAUUCCAGCCAAUUCCAGGAGGACUUCCAAGUCCCCCUUUUCAUCCAGGUCCCUCCAACAAUUCCCUUGCUGGGACCUUACCAAUUCCAGCCAAUUCUGGGGGGACUUCCAAGUCCCCCUUUUCAUCCAGGUCCUUCCAGUAAUUCCCUUGCCGGGACCUUACCGACCACCCCCCCUCAUAGGAAGGGUUAAGGUGGACUAUGAUGAUGGGGGCGUUGGCUCUCUGCUGUACCUAUCAUAGGAGUCCCCAACUGCCCCCCAGCUUGCUCAGUUACCAAGCACCUCUCCUUAAUUCCUUUUCCAGGCCAUUUUUCCGUUCUUUUGUGCCUUAAUUUACGGAGUACCUGCACUGAACAUCCUCUAUACAGUUAAAUAAAGAGUUGCGACAUAUGGCCUACCGCCUGUGCAUGAACAGAGCCCACCUGAACCUGCUGCAAGGAAGGCAAAAAGCCCCCCACUGCACAAGGCCAAUAUGGUGGUAAGGGAAAAAUUCCUUCCCAGACCCCCUUAGCAGGGCGGCUAGCAUAGUGUCCACAGCAGAUAUAGCUAAACACCCGGCAUAUUUGUUACAUAAUGAGGGAGGGAGGGAGGAUGGGUGCUACCCAGCCUGUUCCAGGUAAAGAGAGUGGCCAAGCCCAUGCUGAUCUUUUUAAACCCCCCAUUACUAGGUGGUGAGUCAUCCAGCACGCUGACUGCUCUUCCAGCAGUCUUACGUCUCUCCUCCUCCCCCCAGAAAAUUCCAGAAAGCUUUGCCCUCCUCUCCUGGCCAGCCAGACAACCACACCCCUGCUUGAAGUGCACGGUGGUGAUUAUGAAUAUGUACCUAAAAGAAUGUAGAAACUAUUGGUUCUGAAAUAGCAGAAAGAAAUCCAUCUUCUCUUGGAUGCAAUACCAUAAGCUACUCUAGCCAUUAAUAAGAAUUAGGGGUACACAUCGAAGUGCAGCAUUUUUCAGUGUAUGCAAAUAUGGCUUUUAACUUAAUAAGUAUUUUUUUUUCACAUAUGAAAGUCACAAUCCUUGAAACUAAUAGUUAUGAAAAUUAAGAAAAUGAAUUAUGGCUACAAGAACAUUUUGCAAAAAGAAAAGGAGUACUUGUGGCACCUUAGAGACUAAUAAAUUUGUUAGUCUCUAAGGUGCCACAAGUACUCCUUUUCUUUUUGCGGAUACAGACUAACACGGCUGCUACUUUGAAACCUGUCAUUAUGAAAAGAACAUUUUGGUAUUACAGCAUAAGUACUUGCCAGAUAUAGAUAUCCUAAGUUACCCUAAGGUUAUUUUUUGUUUGUACUAAAAUAUUUGCAAGAUCAUUAUCUUAUCGCUAUACGAAAAACUUUUGUAAAUGUUUAGAAAUGACAAUGUUUCCCUUUGUUUGUGUAGGUGUUCACAAAUAAAUAAAACUGUCUGAAA